AAAGUUGCUGAGGGCGCACUGUUGACAGUUAUGGAAGUACAGAGCAGCGGGGCAGUUCAAAUGUCCCCCAGACAACAUUAGCUUUCCUAGCAAAUGGCCACAAUGGCGUCUGUUACAGAGGAUCCCACCCUGGAGAGACACUUUAAGGGACAUAAAGAUGCUGUCACCUGUGCAGACUUCAAUCCAAACCGCAAACAACUUGCCUCGGGGUCAGUUGAUAAGACUCUGAUGAUCUGGAAUCUGGCCCCCAAGGGGAGGGCCUUUUGUUUUGUCGGCCACCAAGAUGUCAUCACUGGGUUGCAGUUCUCACCCUCCGGCACUCUGGUGGCAUCUUCCUCCAAGGACAGAACAGUUCGACUGUGGACACCUUCCAUUAAAGGAGAGUCAACAGUGUUCAAAGCCCACACAGCAGCUGUACGCAGUGUUGCUUUCUCCCAUGAUGGCCAGAGACUGGUGACAGCGUCCGAUGACAAGUCUGUCAAAGUGUGGAGCGCUCAUCGGCAGUGCUUCAUCUACUCCCUCAACCAGCACACUAAUUGGGUGCGCUGUGCUAGAUUUUCUCCAGAUGGGAGGCUCAUAGCUUCUGGUGGGGACGAUCGGUCUGUCCGGCUUUGGGACACAUCCACCAAACACUGCAUUAACUGUUUCACUGACUAUGGAGGAUCAGCAACAUUUGUUGAUUUUAACUCCAGUGGCACCUGUAUUGCAUCCUCGUCAGUCGACAGUUCACUGAAAAUCUGGGAUCUGCGGACCAACAAGCUGAUUCAGCAUUAUCAAGUCCACAGUGCAGGAAUCAAUAGUUUUUCCUUCCACUCAUCCAACAACUACUUGGUCAGUGGCUCCACUGACAGCACUGUUAAAAUCCUGGACCUGUUGGAGGGACGUCUCAUCUACACCCUCCACGGACACAAGGGUGCUGUGAUCACGGUUGCAUUUUCCAGAGUGGGAGAUUUCUUUGCCUCGGGGGGAGCUGAUAGUCAGGUGCUGCUGUGGAGGACAAACUUUGACAGCAGAUCUUAUCAGGAUGUCCUACAACAACACAGUCGGAGGUCCACCCCAGAUCCCUCACCCCACCUGGCUGAUAUUUAUCCAAGGACACCCCACCUUCAUCACCCACAGUCCACAGCCAUUCAGGUCAUUCCAACAGUGGCAGAUACCUGGUUCACUGACCCACAUGUCAUAGAGCUGGGUCAAGCUGUUCACAGCACCACGCUCUUAAACAGAAAGACACACUCGACGCCUACGCAGGCCAGCGGCAAUGGUCACCACUCCAACAGUUUGCCAGUGCAUCAUGCUGCCAGCUCAAGAGUGGAAAGAUGGAUGGGGGCUGAAAGUGCCGCUGGGGAAGGUUUGACUGCUGGGAACCAGACUGGGCCUGACAGGAGAGGAAAAGGAAAGGGAGAGGAAGAGGAGAUUGCGCAGACGCGCCCGCUGGAAGUUCUCUCCGGUCAUCCGUUGGGUCUGGACUCUACCCUGCAGAACAUUGUUCAACAGCUGGAUAUUCUCACGCAGACUGUUUCAGUGUUGGAGGAGCGUCUCACCCUGACUGAGGACAAGAUGAAGGCGUGUCUCCUCCACCAAUCCCAGAUUUUGAAGGACGUGCGAGCAUCCGGAGCGAGGCGGAGGACGGAGAGCGAGGGGACGGAUGGAUCACCUGUCCAUUUCACUUGAGGGGCGACCUCACCCUCUGUCAGACUGCAGCACAAACACCACACUGUGUUGUACUGCACAACCCCAAGACUGCUGAACAACAUGGGUGUGUGUGAUGUUGAACCACCACGGUGGUCUUUCUCAGGCGUCGGUGGGUUAAUCAGGAUUUGGGCUGUGAUCAAAGAAUGUUUUUGACUGCUUUCCUCUGUGUGUGUGUGUGUGUGCGUGUGUGUGUGUGCGCGCGUGCGUGUGUGUGUGCGGUACAUCCAAUCUGGACAGCUGCAGCUAUGAAAACAGAUGGUGCUUGUCUGCCAUAUGAGCUUUUUGUGCUUAUGCUUUUACAUGAGUAUACUUGUGAAUUAGCAGAUGUUUUAGCAGUUCGGUGCUUCAGCAAUAACUUUUCAUAGUAUCUGUUUACAUCUUUGCAUAAUGCCACGUAAUUUUAAGCCAAGCUGUACACAUAUUGCCUAAACUCCACCUCCUCAUGCAAACACUAUUUAUAUGAAUAAACAAUUUCUUAUUUUGCACUAA